GCUCUGCGCUAGCGAUUUGUCGAUGACGGUGGACGACAGCAGCAGCAAAACGGCAAUAGCGUGUGUGAAUUAAUUUUGAUUUUAAACAAAGUGUCUUUAUUUUUAUUCGUUGUGCUAUUAUCUGCCAUCACUUUCGCUCAUGUGACGGUCCAUAUGCGAGCGCGUGCGACAGCGAGAGCUUUUCCCCAAUUGUGUACAAUUUUCAAAUAUUUCCUAAUUAAGUUUAUAAUUAAAAUUAAUUGAAAAAUUACAUAUGCUUAAAUGCUUUUCUAAGUGAAGAAUAAAUACGAAUGAAUGAGUGCUUCCAGUGGGCACAGUGUGCGAACAGUGAAUAUCUGUACGAGUAUGUGAAUUUGGUUCAUAUGUGUAUACCUGGUGUUUGAAUAACGAAUAAACAUAAUUGAGCAGUUCAAAAUACAAAUAAAAAAAAAAAUCCAAGCGCAGCGGAAAAGCACUUGACCACCAAAAGGUGCAAAUGGCAACUCACGUCCUCCUGUUAUCUGCUUAGACCAGACAAAUCAUUCUGCGUUACCGCCUCGGAAUUUCAUAUUUGAAAUAUUUAAACUACACAACCAACAUAACUGCAUAUACAAUAGGGUACAUGGCGAGAUAUACCUUACGAACGACGUAGCAAAACAGUGAAUGAGUGCGAACGCCAAAGGAGGGCAGCAGCUACACUUUUUUUAUUUAAUAAUAUUGACAGAGAGCGCUCUCGCCAUAAGAGAGCAGCCGUCAGAGCCGCAGCGCUUGUAUACGCUUGCAGAGCAGCCCAAAAAGGCAAAAGCCGAACGAGUCAAAACAAAGUGUCUACGAAGAGACAGCAAAAGCAGAGCGCCAAAUAGCCUGGCAAGGCAACACACGCCAAAAACACUAAAAAGACCCCCACAAAUCCACAAGCUAACAUACAUAUGUACAUACAUGCUGCCACACACAUACCCCCCAGUGUACAACAACAACAGCGAGAGCAAUAAAAACGCACCGAGCACUACUAACUAGCAAAGGCAAAAGCAAAAACUACAGCGCUGUGAGCGUUUCUAAGCUGUGUGCGAGCAAGUUGAGUGGCCAGGUUUGCUGGGCCACAGAGCUCAGUUGACUGCAAAGCGUUUGAAACUUUUAAGUUUGCGAAACUCACUCAGUCAGUCAGUAGUCAGUAUUUAUUUGCUCAGCCGAGUGACGACCGCUUGGAGACGGUAUGCGCGGCAUUUAAGGGUUAAACGCAAAAAUUGUUUAAAAUAAAUUUCUAUUUGAGCAACACCCCUUUGCGGCCGGCGAGAUCCGCGAGCGAGCGUACCACGAGCGUUGGUCUGGCAUAGCGACGGCGUCGUCGUCGUCGUCGCCGUCAUAAUCAAAGCACGUUUUUCCUUAGCUGGCUGCGGCACACAUACUACUACAUAGAGACUCAAAAUUAUAUGGUUAUGUAGCGCUAGCUAUGUUUGGCCAGUGAAGUAGACAGACGAUACGGCACGCUGCCGUAAAGCGACAACAAAACAUCGUGUAAAAUCAACGAAUUUGACUGCCUCUACGAUUUGGCGUCGAGUGUGACGACGCUUACCUACCCAAAUAUCAAAAAAAAAAAAAUCUUUAAGCAACGAUAGACGCACAGGAGAAUGGCUGAACAGUUGGCCGGUCGGAACGUCUUGCUUCGUUAAGCUAGUGCCUGUUGUUUCCCUGACUGCGUGCGCUUGUCUGCUUGCCUGACUGCCUGCCUGCCUUACGCGUAAUCACACUACGAAGGAAGUGGAAGCCGACGGUGGAAAAAGAGAAGCAGAGCCGGAGGCAGAAGAAAACUCGUCGUCAUCGGCGUACUCAUCGCCUCGUCGUCAUCGUCGUCGUCGUAGUUGCCGUUGUUAUCGUCGGUUGUGUGCGAGCAGCGCGCGUGAGUGUGUGAAAUCAAAAUCCUCAAAAUUGUCGCUGCCUGCCUACGGUUAACUACUUCCUUCAGCAUAUCCAGACAGAUUCACAUUUAGUACGAGAUCUGUGCGGUACGGUGCGUGACGGCAAUAUUUUCGGUUUAAGCGGCAAACACAAGACGAUUUUAUUUCGUUACGAAGUCGACUGAGCUCGAUUGAAAUCGUUCGUCUCGUUUCGUUACGAUUUAGGCUGCUGCUGCUGUUGAUUCAGUGCGCUGCUGCGGUCAGCAAGAACAAAUAACACACAAAACCCAAAAAACAAAAAUCAGAAAAUAAAAUUGUCUACAAAAAGUGCAAAAUUAUUGGAGAAACUUGUGGCCAUACUAGUUGUGCGGUAUCGCAGGUCGUCACUACUACCACACACAGGUACAAACGGAUAUGGGUAUGAAAAAUGCAAAACAACAACACCAACAAGACACAACUAAUGACGCAGAAAAGUAGUUGUGGAAGGUAAGCAGCGCAUAGAAAGUUGCAACAUUGAGCAUUGUGAACAUGCGACACGGCGCUAAGCAGCAGCAUAUACUAUAUACCGUCGUAGAAGACGCAACUGAGGUAGCAGGACUUAAAUAUAGCGGCAGCUAAACGCUUGACGACAGCGUUACGGACACAAAAUACCAGCGUUGUAUACACGCAACAAGCAUUUGAAGAACGCUGAACGCUCGAGUGUGGCAUCAAGAAUUCGUCUAGCGCGCAGACUAGACACAGCUAAAAUAGAAAGACUAGCCGAAAACUAAGUACGCUGCUAACCGUAACGAGUUUAUAAAAAUUAAAAUACACACAUAACGGCAUAGAACGAAUGUAAUAAAAUACGACUGUGGCGCAGAAAUGUGGCAAAAGCAAUAAAAAUAAUAGAAAAUAAUAAAAAUAAGCGAAAAGUAAAGGAAACCUCACAGCUAGAAGGCCAGAAACAAGUAAAACGCCAAGCAAACGGAAAGAAAACUAAGAAAAUUAAAGUGAAAAUCCAACUGAAACACGCUGCGCUGCGGCUUUACUGCCUUUCUGACUGACUGACUGCCUGCCUGCUGCCUGCUUGACGCUCGCACACGCCUGGGCCGGCCGGACCAACAGCAACAACAACAACAACACACACACAGUCUAUUAGUAGUGGGGAAAUAGCGAUAGCAAACAGCUAGAGGCACACUUCCAACAGCAAUUGCGCGACAAGCCAGCUAGUCAUUCAGCCAGCCAGCAAGCGAGCGACGCGUCGGCAUGCGACGAGACGAAGCCGUUUUCGUAAAGCGAAGAAAAGUGGCGAAAGAAAAUUCAUAAUUUUUAAUAUUUAAAAUUAAAGUGGAAGCAAACACACACAAACACACGCACGCACACGAAUACGGGCACACAGCGCAAAGCGAUGAAAAUUGAGCGAAAAUAGAUAGCGGCAGUUGUAGUGUUGUACGUACAUACGUAUGUAUGUACAUAGUUGUAGUGGUGUUAGUGAAUAGAAAAUAUCUGCACAAGAAAGUGCAAUUGAAUAUUGAAUAGGCACAGGCACUGGCAAAGCAAAGCAAAACGUGUGUGUGCUCUCAAACCAAACCAAACCAAAACGUCAACGCCAACGUCAAGGCGGGGCAAAGGAAGCGCACGCUUACAACCACAACAACAACAAUAACAAAAACUACAAUAAAAUCACUCAAGCAAUUGUUCAAAUGUGCGCGCAUGUGUGUGGUUAAUUCAAAAGUAAAAUCGAAUUAAAGCGACGUAUGGGGUAUAAGCGUCUGCAAUAGUGGUAGUGUAUAGGCAUAUACGCGCGUGUGUGUGUGUGCGUAUAUAGUAUAUGUAUUGUGUUGUCGGGCAUGUGCUGAGUAUUGUAUGCACUUGUGCUUUCUUUACAAUUUUAAUUUUAAGCAAUUGUGAAGUGCUGUUGUUACAAUAUUAGUUAAGAAAAAAUAUAAACGAAAUAAAUAAUAAAAAUUAAAAUUAAAAAAAUAAAAAUUAAAACUAAAAAAAUAAAAAUUAAAACUAAAAAAUAUAAAAAUAAAAGUUAAAACUAAAAAAUAAUGUAUGUAGCUUAAGUUGAAAAAUUGCUGAAAAUUACAACAAUAACAACAACAAACAAAACUGGUCUACGCGCUUUCCAUAAACGGGAAGACCAACAAAUUAUGUGCCAUUUUCUAAACUAAUUAGUACAGUCGAACCGAGACUAAAGCAUAAAAUACAAAAUAAAACCACAAGUAAUCAAAUUAAAUAAUUUAAAAAUUAGUGUACAUAAUAAUUCAUAAGUGAUAAGUAAUAACAAAAACAACAAAUUUACAUGCUAAGCUUAGUGUAUUAUGCGCUAAUUACAAGAAAAAAUUAAGUAAUAGUAAAUAAAAUAGUGAAACACCGAUAUUUCCUAUAAUGCAAAGAAGCUUUAAAAAUGCAACAAUAACAAAAAAAUAAAAAUCGAAAAAAAAACGAGUGGAAAUUAACAAGGUCGUAGGUAUUCUUAACAGUAUUAUUAACACGUUAACACACAAACUUCCACCUACCAAACCAAAACAACACGCGUGACCCCCACAACGUGAAAAUAAAGGGAAAAUCAAAAAAACAACAGCAAAAAAAAUCCAAUACAAAACAAUCAUAAUAAAGCAACAGUGCACUAGCAGCACAACACGGUGCCACACAGCGCGCUAACACGACGCGACAAACCCACACAACAACAAAAAAUAAAAGAAAAUAAACAACAACAACAACCACAAACAAAAGGCGCAUAAAACACAGGCUGGAGCAAAACCGUGUGGAGUCGACGCAGACAUACAAAAAGUGUGCGCCUGAAUUAGAAAAAUAACAAAAAACGACGCAAACACACACAUACAACAACAAGCAGAAAAAAGAAAAACGAAAAUGUCCUGCAUAUCCAGCAAUUUCAGCUCGUUCUUCCUCAAUUCCCUCAACGAUUCGUCAGAAUUCGCCAAGUAUUUGAGCAAUGGCGAGUUAAAGUUUUCGUCCUUCGAGGAUUUUCAAGUGUUCGGCUCGGGUGCGGGCGCUGGCACGUCACCAGCGUCGCCAUCGCCAGCAGCUGGUGCCGCAGCCUCAUCAUCAUCAUUAACAGCGCAGCAGGCAGCAUCGCAACAACAGCAACAACAACAGUAUUACAAUGGUGGUGUUGGUAAUAGUGGCAACAACAACAAUGCCAAUAUAAGCGCUGGCGCCAACGCGACGGGGUUACCAAGCGGCAUUGAACAGCCAUAUAAUAACGGUGUGGCCGCAAUGAAUUCCAUUGGUAAUUGUGGCGGCACGGAAACGGCCAACACUUCCGCAUUAACGCCCGCCAACGCCUCCAAUACGGCACCGGCCGGCGUGCAACAGCUGCAACAUGGCGCACAUUUGCAUGCCGCACAUCACACACCCCAACAUCCCAACACUCACCUGUCACAUCACCCGCACCAACAUCCACAUGCGCAACAUCCUUACGCCGGUCAUGCACCGCAUACACCUGGCAGUCUAGCCGCUCCCAGCAAUGCCUUUCAUUCACACAAUCACCUCGCUUCACCGCACCUAACAACAGCUGCGACGACGCCAAAUUAUCCGACAACGCCACAGCGUUGGACUACAACUGCCGGUGCGAGUCCAAUGGUUAGCGGCUCGUCGGGCACACCACAUCCUAUAACGCAAUUGCAGAAUAGCAAUCAAUCGGGCACGCCUAUUGCGGCCAAUCCGAGUGGUGCACAGCAUUUUGAUGGUUCCUUUGAAUUCCUAAAAUACCUGCGUCACUCGAACGAUUACAAUAAUAGCGAGCCGCAAGGUGAUGCUGUCGCUGCCAGCGCCUCAGCUGGUCAAGUGCAAGCAUCAUCAUCAUCGUCGUCUAGCUUGAUCGAUUUGGAUAGUAGCACGUCGCAUAAAUCACGUUCUUCACGCAAAGCCGCCGCUCUAUUGUCUUCCGUAUCGCGCACUUCGAAUAGCCUUGAUGCCAAUGCGCUGGACGUCUUCGAUCAUGAUUCCAAACACACCAUUUUCGAUAUGCAUCACAUGACGGCUACAAAUAGUUCCAACUCGAAUGAAUCCUCCAUGGAGGUAUCCAAUUUGGCCUUUCCUAGCUCACACCUCAACGCUUCCAACUCGAAUACUUCUUCUGAGGGCGCCGCCACUGGCAGUUCGGAUUUCGCUAUGUUACACUCGAGUUCGGCGGCAAGCGCGCCCAAGCCAUUGGCUACCUUCACCAUCAAAGAUAACUUUGAUGUGCAUCCAUCGCACAAGGUGGAGGAGGGCAUAUUCCAGCAUAUGAAUAAGUUGCCGGCGAAGAAGAAGGAAAAUUUGAAACAAUUAGGUGUGCGUUUCACCGGUCAAAUGACGCUCUCGGAUAAAUCGAUAGUUGUCGAAAACUUCAUCAAGUUCUGUCAGGAAUACGACGUACAGGAUCAUCGACCAUUUCUCUCACUCAAUCAAAGUGGCUUAAAUAAGGCGGAUCAAAUAAAGUUUGCCCGUUAUUUGGGGCAGGGACUACCCACAUUUACGCUUUUCUGCAUUUAUAGUAAUUUCAAAAAUCUUUUCUGCACUAAACGAACAGAAAUCUACACAAAAGAUGGUUACAAUUUGCCUUAUAUAUUGGACAAAACGAAACGUUUUCUAUCAAAUACAACAGCAGAUUUAAAGAACAUGGUGCAUCAGCAAUCCAGUGAUGGCAUGGAUUUCGGACCGAAUGCUGGCGGUGGCUUGGACGGUGCCGGCGGCGGUGCGCGAGUCAGCAGCGGUUUUGAUGCGUUACCAGCGCGUUGUAUAAUGCCGAAGGUUUUGGAAAAUCUAAUGAUUUACGAAAAUUUCGAUGUACACGAAACACAUCGUGUCGAGGAUGGGGUCUGUACACAUAUAACACGUUUGCCGCCGAAAAAGCAGGAAAUAUUCAAACAGUUCGGUAUUCAGAGUAAUCAAACGGUAACCUUUUACGAAAAGUACAUAAUCGUCGAAAACUUCAGCAAAUUUUGCAAUGAAUAUAAGAUUUCCGAUCAUAGACCCUUUUUGGACUUCCAUGAGAGUGGCCUACCCAAAUGUGAGCAGGUCAAAUUUGUACGAUAUUUGGGGCAGGGAUUACCAAAUUUGACACUCAACAAGAUAUACUUAUCCUUCAAGGAUCUAUUGGGAAUGAAUCGCAUUGAAAAAACAACCGCUGAUGGCUACAAUUUGGAUAUGAUUUUGAAGAAGAAGAAAAAGAAUUUAUACAAUCGCAUGCAGGCCGCAGUUCAUAGAGAGAGUAGUGAACCGGCGCCGCCAACUCAAGCCAACGCUCAACCGACAACCGCACAACCGACGCAUCUCGAUGGCUUCAAGACCUAACAAUAACCAUUACAAGCGCACGAGUGCUAUAGCGUGGAGUCGCGGCUGGGCGUGAUGUGGCGGUGGAGUGCAAAGCAAAUGAAAGCAUUAAACUUGAAAUUAUACUUCCUGGAACUGGACCCGAAACUGUUGUGUCUUCAAAAAUUCAUGCAAAAAAUUAUGUUAAUUAAAAAUUAAAUGAAAAACAAGCGAAAGUAUAAAAAAACAUAUUCAUAAGUGCUAAAUUUAGAGGUUAUGGUUGUUAAGUUCAAAAUUUGUUUUUGAUAAAAAAAUCAAAAAAUUAAAAAAAUCAGUGCGAAAUGAUAAAUUUCAUAAAAAUUAAAUACUUGUACUAUAUAUGCAAAUUAAGACAAGCACACGUUAAUAUACAUACUAUAUACAAACACAGCAAAGAAAAAAUCAUAAACAACCGAAAAAGCAAUGUAGCGAAGUAUGCUAAGUUAUAGAUAAAUGAGGAUUCACAUUAAAAAAGUAUAAUGAAUGCAAGAAUAUUUAACAAAUCAAAAGUUAUGUAACACAAAGCUAGAAGAAGCAUCAAAAUUUUGAAGAAAUAUACAUACAUACAAUCAGAUUAGCAAAUUGUAAUUUAAAACAUUAAAUUUCGUUAAUAUUUAAAAUAGUUUUUUUGAAAUUCAUAAGCACCAGUUCUAUAUAGUUUUUUGAACAACAAAAAACAUUAACUAUAAUAACCUCACAAAUACAAAAGUUUCCAAUACAAGAACUAUAUACUACUUUGGUCCCAUCCAAGCUAUUUAUUCGGAGGUUGUACCUUUGUUUUGAAUAAUAUCUCGAAAAAUAAAAGUUUUCGAUACAAGCACUUUAUUUCGAUCGUUCAGUUUAUGUUGUUAUGUCAACUAUAUGCUAUAGUGGUCCGAUAUCGGCUAAAAGUGAUCAAAAUAUCACAUUUUUAUUCCAAACCGAGCGCAUAUACAGACAGAUGGACCCACAACAGUCGGAUCUACGUAACUGGAGCGGACCAAGGACUGUCGAUUUGACAGAAUUCUGUCGCUACAACAACAACAACAGCCGGACUUGGCUAAAUAGCCUCAGCUUGGCAUGCUGUUCAUUUAUAUAAUUUUUUAUAGGGUCUUGGACGUUUCCUACUAUACUCUGUUCAGGGUAAAAAAACUUGGAACACUAUUUUUAUUUUUAUAUAUGCUGAAUUAAUUUCCAAAUUAUUUGCUUUAGUGAAGCAGUACCUUGCUUUCACCUUCUUUUGAAAAUCUGCAAUAUUUAAAUAAAUUUUUAGCGCACUUUUUUUAUAAAAACGACUACAUAAAUCAAACAUACUCGCACCCAAAAAGUAAAAUAUGCAUAUAACACCAAAAUAAAGAAAAAACUAGAAUCAAAAA